AACACAUUUAUUUAUCUACGUAUUUAUUUCAGAUCAUAUAACUCAUGAAAACAAAAUUAAAAAUGUUUAGAAUCAAAAUGGCCUCACAAUUGUGUUGCAUGACAACAUUAACAACUAUAAAGAUUGAAGUAAAUUUAUUUAUUGCCUGUAUGUUUUGCUAUUUUGUAGAGAUUAUAGUCCCAAGUCUGUAAUGUUAGAGUUUUAACUAUAAAUUUAAGCCUCUACCUGAGAUUUAGCAUUCAUUAUUAGGAUCACAGAGCAAAAUUUUAUGAAAUAAAUAUUAAAUGGCAUAUAUCGAUAUCGUCCUUCUAUGUACUCAUUUGUCACAUGAUACACAUUAAAAGUGAGUAACAUCAAAAGCUCAGAGAUCUUUUUUGUCUUACUUUUCACCAGUUAAUAAUUGGGGGCUGCCGAUAAGCGUCAUGAGAUAACAAUAGAGAGGUAAUGUAUACAGUAGCCCACAUAUUUUUGGGGGGAAAUUAGAACACAAACAGGGUCAGUAGAUUUGAAAUAAUACAGCGUGAAGUAAUGUGAAGACUGUGCACAACCAAGGCAGUUCCCUUCCGGUGAAAAUAAAAAGAGGGAAGGGGAUCUGCACAGACAGUGGUGGGAUGCACAGACCAGAACAGAUCAGAGAUCCAGCUGGACGCAGAGAGAGAGAGAGACAGACUGCAGAUCAUAAGAAAGAAAAGCAGCAGAUUAUCUCCCGGACGACAGCCCAACUUUUGGGAGAUUCAGCCAUUAAACCAAGAGAGAACAGAGUAACCUAUUAAUGGAUGACAUCUAAAAUCUACAUCGACUGACUGCAGCCCUAACUCCGUGUGUGUGUGUGAUGUGAUCGCUGACUGCACAAAAUCUGACGCUGGUGCGCACGAUGGAGGAACUUUUACGCGCACAGGAUGCUUGGGCUCAGAACGUUUCCUGGUACAACUCCAGUCAUAUAAACAGCACCAAUGUAGGGAACAACACGGUAAACCCUUUAAAGCGAAACGAAGAAGUAGCCAAAGUGGAAGUUACUGUCCUGGUUCUGGUGCUGCUACUCGCUCUGACCGGCAACCUGUGCGUCUUGUGGGCUAUCCACACCACCAAGCACAGCCAUUCUCGGAUGUAUUACUUCAUGAAGCACCUGAGCAUCGCAGAUCUUGUCGUGGCGGUGUUCCAGGUCCUGCCGCAGCUCAUCUGGGACAUAACGUUCCGCUUUUACGGACCCGAUUUCCUUUGCAGGCUGGUCAAAUACCUCCAGGUUGUUGGCAUGUUUGCGUCAACCUACAUGCUGGUCCUGAUGUCCAUCGAUAGAUGCUUAGCGAUCUGCCAGCCGCUUCGCUCGGUGCACAAGGGGAAAGAUCGCUUCUGUGUGAUCGCAUCUUGGAUCCUCAGUCUGAUUUUCAGUACCCCACAAGCCUACAUCUUUUCUCUCAGGGAGGUCGGGAAUGGCGUUUACGACUGCUGGGGGGACUUCGUGGAACCCUGGGGUGCCAAAGCCUACAUCACAUGGAUGAGUCUGAGCAUUUACAUUCUUCCAGUAGCGAUAUUAAGCAUCUGCUACGGCCUGAUAUGCUUUAAAAUAUGGCAGAAUAUCAACAUGAAAACCAGGAGGGAGCACUUUUUGGCUCUCACGCCGAGGCCAUCCAAGGGCGCACAUCCACUGUCACGCGUGAGCAGCGUCAGACUCAUUUCUAAAGCCAAGAUCCGCACCGUGAAAAUGACAUUUGUGGUGGUCAUUGCAUAUAUUGUGUGCUGGACUCCUUUUUUCUUUGUCCAGAUGUGGUCUGCAUGGGAUCCUGCUGCACCAAGAGAAGACAUGGCCUUCAUCAUCUCCAUGUUGCUUGCUAGCCUCAACAGCUGCUGUAAUCCCUGGAUCUACAUGUUCUUUGCUGGUCACCUGUUUCACGACCUGAUGCGGAGCUUCUUCUGCUGCUGCAGACACUAUCUGGCCGACUCGUCCUGCCGCUGCGACCAGCAGUGCAGGCACAAGAGCGGCUCCUCCACUUACGUCAUCAAGAACGGCGGCAGUAUGAGGAGUUUGACUCACACUUCCAGCACAGGGGGGCCCGCGCACUGAGCCGGCAGGGAGCCAUCUUAAGCUUCCCGUGGCUGACUUGAUCCAGCAAUCAUGCAAGGCCUUGGUUGAGGCAUUUAAUCAUCUACAGCAGAGCUGAGCUCGCCACGGCACAAUGCUUGUUGUCAGCCAUAUUAAAUUAAGCCAAACAGAGAACAUAAACCUCCUGUCCGGAAACAGCCCUGCACCCUGUGAUAACAGAAAGUAGAACAAAAUGCCAUUGUGUCCAAAAUGUGAACUAAAUGAGCUGCAAAGUGAAGUUCCAACCAGAGCACAUUUAAAUUUAGCAGGAUGUGUUCAAACGUUCGCUCACGGCCGCAGUCGGCUCUGACAGGACCAGAUGGGACGGACCAGACUUUAAUCAAAGAUGCCAAAAACUAACUUUUCCUGUUGUUGCUUUGACCAAACUGACUUGGUGUCUUUCAUUUCUAUCUUUGGUCUCAGAAUGAGUAGGAGGAAAAGAAUCAAUGUAUACUGUUGUUUACUGUGGCAUGUUCAAAGACAUAUAUAUAUCUGUGAGAUGACAAAAUAGGACAAAAUAUUAUAUACUGGAUGUUUAGUUAACGAGAUUUGUCUACUAUCUAAGGUCAAACAACUGUCAACAUUCUUUACACUUGUUUACAGUGUUUUUGAACUUCAGUUUUAUAGAUUAAGGGCAUAUUCACACCUGACACUUUCGGCCCACUUUAAACGGACCAGAAUAUGUUUCCCCCAUUGGUCUGAACCUUUUGUUCAAGUGUGAAUACACUCAAGUGAACUCUGGUGCGGACUAAACAAGCGGACCUACACCCACUGUUUGAGGUGGUCUCAAAACAAACUCUGGUGCAUUUCCCUUCUAAGUGUGAACACAGACCGGCCUCAAUAUGAGCCAACAACAGGACACACACAACAUUUUGGACUUCAUAAGCCACCAUUGCUGGGAAUUAUGGUAAAAAUGAGCCAUUCAGUGUUGCUACUACUACAUGUACUGGAAUCGUACCUGAUCGCCUGUUUGCUGCUGCCAGCAUGCUGUGGGCCAGGGCACACAGAGCAUCUAAUUCAGCUUGCAGCACACAUUACCAAAAUUUGGAGUACCAAAAUUUGGAGUAUCACGUUGUAAACACUUCAUUGUUUGAACUGCUCGUUACAUUUAAAAUGGUAUUGCAGUUCUAAUAACAGCACAAAUGUGCACAACAGAAAUGCAGCACGCAGGACUUCCAGAGUUUUUUUUUUUUUUUUUUUUUUCAGGUCUGUUCUCUGUUCCAACCCCUGUCAUUUCUGGCCACAUUGCUUUGUCUAUAAAGAAUAGUCCACUUGCAAAAAAGGGCAAUGAAAAAGCAAAUAAAAGAAAUAAAGUCCGCUGUUGGUCCCGACCAAACACGCAAACAAAAGACUAUCCUGGUGUGUAUACAACUUAAGACAUUUUACCGCUGAUGCUGAUCCACAUUGUUAAUAUUUUUUAUCCAGUUUUUCUCAGUUGCUUUUGCACAUUUCUCUUAAAACAGCUGAAAGCGAUCAAACUUCCCGUUUAAUUUCCAAGUUGCUAACUAUUUCUACUAUUUCUUCUUUGAUUUGUUGUUCUGCACAUAAGAAACUCAUGCAGUUUCUUAUGUGCAACAAAUCACUCUUACAUCUAUUGUUAAUGAUGAUCAAAUGCAUUUCUCUUCAGACCAGCUUGUCAUUUCAUCUUACUUGACUGAUUGCAUUUAAGAGUAUUGAAAUACUUAUAAAAACCAUGAAGCAUAGUUCAAACAUUUCUUCUGAAAUUCUCUCGAUGAAUGUGUUCAGAAUAUAUAGAGUUUCUACCACUUUGAAUCGCUCUCAGGUUAAACCUGAUUAGAGGAAUGUGUGGAACUGGCUCAUUUAUAUUCUAGCUAACAGAACCACAUUAACUCACUCAAUCAAUCACAAGCUGUUUUAUAAAGAUCUGUUGCGUGCACAUUAACAUUUUUCUCACUAAUUUCAGAUUAGAGUAAAAUUAUUUCUACUCACUGAUAGUUUUGGAAAGAGAUGACAAUUUCAUUAAAUACUAGUUUGCAUUCGUUCAUGCACAAACCUUUUUGGUUUUUGUCCUGUUUUUUUUUUGUUUGAUAUCCUUUUACCUGCUGCUUACUUGCAGCUACUUGAAAGUUUGGCCCGUUCCUAACUGAGUCAGAUUUGGAGGCUGCUUUGCUCUCACACACAUUUUCAGCCCUGUCCACAAAUUUUCUGAGGGACUGAAAUCGGAGCUUUGCGAUGACCUUUCCUGCUUUUGUUGUCUGAAAAGCUCUCUAACUAAUGUGGUGGUAUGCUCGGGGUCAUUGACUCAGGCCUUAAUUUCCCACCUGUUGUCUAGUGAUGUUGCUUCAUUAUUUUUCACAGAAAGUUCCUUCCUCCUGAGGCAAUCUGUUGUCAGAUGUUUACUUCUUGCAGCAAGACCCCCAACAACACAGUUCUGUCAUUUCUGUACUUCACAGUUUGGAUGUUUCUCUUAGGGUUGCAAAAUUGAUCCUUUUUUUCCUGCAGAUGUGACAAUGGAAAUUAUGACCCAACUAUUUAGUUUCAAUUUCCUCAGAUGUGGCUUCAAAAAGUAAUUUUUAUGUUGGCUUUGUAGUAAUGGCUUCUUUCUGAUAGAGCCGCCUGUCAGCUCAUGUCAGCACAGGACUUGUUUUGCUGUCGAUAAUGACCCCCCUCUCACCAGAUUCGGCCUGCAUCUUCACAUUGUCAUUUUCUUUUGUUCAGAGAUUGUUUCACACAUUUUGCAACGAAACAGAUGUUGUCUCUGGGGCUCUGAACAGCGCCAAUGACCAGCUGGACAAUCCCAAGCUGUUUUUACUUGUCUGCAGUCGGCACCUUCAGGCACCCAAAACUGAACCAGGCUUUCAGAGAGCCACAGGUUUCAACCUGAUAUUUUGCAUUAUUUCUUUUAAGUUCACUUUCACACAAGAAAGCGGUGUGUUUGAGUCAUCGCCUCAAAACACAUCCACAGGUUUUUAUUGUUUUGCGGAACUCCUGAUAGGUUAAUUAGUCAUCAGGACUUUUGUAAAUUAUUUAAAGGUAGUCUAAUAUAAAGAUCUGAAUUUAAAGAAUGUAACAAAGAAAAUCCUAAAAAAAAUAUAUCAAUUUUAUUAGUCUUUCUUUUAGUAAAUAGAAAUAAUGACUAAUACAUUAAUGAUUAUGGUUUGUAGAUUUCCAUCUACCCUAAAACAGAAAUUAUUUAAGAUCAGGCAAAAAAAAAACCUGUUUUCUUUUCUGUCACUGUGUAUGUAAUUAUCUGUUUUCAAUUGUAAAUUAACGUAUAAAAGCAUAAGUCACUUUGAUGGUUUUCCAACUCUAAAUCUGAAACUCUUACACUGAUAAAACUUUUUCCAGUUUCGUGUCCUGUAGCCUUGAUGCAUGGCAUUGGUUUUCACAGAUCUGUUGACUGGUGUAAACAUUUAUUUUUCAGAAAGUUCCUCAUUUGUGCUGUUUUCUCUAAACGUUCUGAGAUACUCACUAUUUUUACAGAUCUUCAGAAUGAUGUGUGAAAUGUGCCAAAGCAACUCAGAAAACACGUAAUAGGAAUAUUCUCUCCUGAGGUUUGACUGAUGUCCAAUAAAAAAACGUAACAGUAAAAAAAACGAAAUGUAAUGUCUGUGCAUGGGUAUCUGCAGUCGGUGCCAUCUCAAAGCUCUGUAGAAAACCAUCCUGCCAAUUUGUUUGGGAGCCCUGUGUGUGAAAAUAAAUCAUCCAGUUAAUGAUUCGGGUUAAAUGGGAUUAGACACAUCAAAGGCUAACCUCAGGAAUUUUGUCUAACCGUCCUGCAUUUAUCCAGACUCGACUUCAAGUCAGAACAUUACUAUACCUCAGAAAUGAAUUGCUGAACCCAUAGUUAUUCAUACUGCUGGCAGAAAUUAAAGAGGUACCCAUAAAAAUGUUUUAAAGCAACAUACCCAGAAAUAUUUUAAAUCAUCUUAGCAGCUGUAGUUCGAUCAACAAAUGAAACCAUUCCUAAAAGAUUCCAGGGCUUCUAGUGUUCAAACUGCAGAAAAAAACUUUUUUUUUUACCAUAGGUGCUGUGUGGUCCCUCUCAUACAGAAAUUGCUUGCUUUGGUGGUUAUGAGCUGUAUGUCAGUGACCAAAUUUUCCUUAAAAUAGCGAGACAAGCCCGUAUGUCCAGACCCUGUUGAAAUAACUGCGCUUUCACUCCCGUUUCAAGCCAGAAUUACUGCCGUGAAAUGGUUCUGACUACAAUUUGUGACAAAAGUGUACUUGGAUUGUAGCUCAGUGCUGAAGGAAUUAUCCCAAAUUAUGGACAACAUUGGAAGAGAGACGUAGAGUGGCUCGAUCCAGCCCCUAAAAGCAAUUACGAAUUCUGUUUCUCCACUUAUGUGUUAUUUUCAUCAGCACCAGUCACAUACAUUAAAUCGGGGGUCAGCAACUCCGGUCCUUGAGUGCCACAAUCCUGCAACUUUUGGAUGCAUCUCUGCUCUAACACAUCGGGGCAGGAUUGCUGAUAAAAGUUGCAGAUGUUUGUUGAUUCUUAUUCAACAUUUCCACCAGAAAAUUGUGUCAUCUUUUUAAAAAAGUGCACAAUUUGCCUACUUUAAAUCUUAAUUUGUAACUUACGAGAGCAAAAGAAUGCACUGUGGAUUUGUUUAUCUCUGUCUUGUCUGACUCCAUUUUUGUUUCCUUUUCUUUUUUUCACUCUACAUGCAUCUUUUAAGAAUCCUCAAACACACCUAAUAAACAUGAUUCUUUGUAUGCGCAAUAUUGUGUGCGGUGGGUUUCAGUGCAGAUGCAAGAAGAACAAAAACAUUUUGGUGAUUUCCCAACUGAAAGAUAUUUAACAUUGGAUUUGAUCUUGAUCUUUCAACCUAAUGAAAUAAAUUUUAACUUGCUU